AUGCCUCCCAAGCGGAAGGCCGGCGGCAAUGUGCAAGGGGGGGCCAAAACUGGCCGGGCUUCGCGCAUGAGCACGCCAGGUGCAGCGACUCCUCGAAGCAUCGGUAGCAACGAUGACAUUGAAGAAGACGACGCACCGAUCGAUGAAGUCCUCGAGGCAGAUAUCGACAAGAACAUAGACCGUUUCUCUCUUAGUCGAUACCAGAAGCGGCACAAUGUUAAAGACCCGCUCACGCACAUCUUUGGUGACAAUGACUAUUCGUAUCUUGUCCUUAAAAAGGACCACCGGAACAGACCGCUAUGGAUAGAUCCUCAAAAGGGUCGUAUCAUCCUCGAAAGCUUCAAUCCGCUGGCUGAGCAGGCGCAAGAUUUCCUCAUUACAAUUUCAGAGCCGCUGUCGCGACCGACCUUUAUGCACGAAUACGCCCUCACCAUGCACAGCCUGUACGCUGCCGUAUCUGUAGGCCUGUCUCCAAAGGAUAUUAUCAAUACUCUCGAAAGAUUUCUUAAGACACCACUGCCCGACGAAAUCCGAGCGUUCAUCACCAGCUGUACACAAACAUAUGGCAAAGUAAAACUUGUGUUGAAAAAUACCAAGUAUUAUGUCGAAAGCCCUGACCCGGAAAUGCUGCAAAUGCUGCUCAAGAACCCGAAGAUUGGCCCGCUCCGCGUCCAAGGAACAGAAGAGAUUACAACCACAGCAGCGCCCAAGAUUGGCGGCUUGGUCAUCCCUGGCACGAAGAAUGCUGCAGGUGUCAAACAGGCGAAUGGGCUUCAGACGGGCGAAACCGAGCAAGGACCGGUUCCGCAAGGACAAGCCCAGGCAACGCUGGAUGACGACGACGACGAUGAUCAAGAGGUCACACACGCCUUCGAAAUCGCGGACAAGGAUGUGGAAACAGUGCAAAAAGAGUGCCUCAACCUUGGCUAUCCGGUUCUGGAAGAAUACGAUUUCCGACGCGACGAAGCAAAUCCCAAUCUCGAUAUUGAUCUGCGACCUGGCACGCAAAUUCGACCAUAUCAGGAAAAGAGCCUGAGCAAGAUGUUCGGUAACGGCAGAGCGAAGAGUGGUCUUAUCGUUUUGCCAUGCGGCGCCGGCAAGACUUUGGUUGGCAUCACAGCUGCAUGCACCAUCAAGAAGGGCAUCAUUGUGCUUUGCACAAGCUCCAUGUCAGUUGUGCAGUGGCGAAAUGAAUUCUUGAAGUGGUCGAACAUCAACCCUGAUGACAUUGUCGCCUUCACAUCGGACUCGAAAGGCUCGGUAUUCACAGGCAGUACUGGUAUCAUUGUUACUACGUACUCCAUGGUCACGCAAUCGCGAGCGCGGUCCUAUGAUGCGGAAAAGAUGAUGAGGUUCCUCACCGGAAGAGAAUGGGGUCUCAUGCUACUCGACGAAGUGCACGUCGUGCCAGCGAACAUUUUCCGAAAAGUUACUUCCUCCAUCAAGACACACUCCAAGCUGGGUCUUACAGCUACGUUGCUGCGAGAAGACGACAAGAUUUCUGAUCUCAACUUCCUCAUUGGCCCCAAGCUGUUCGAAGCAAACUGGAUGGAACUCUCAAAGCAAGGUCAUAUUGCUCGCGUGCAGUGCGCAGAGGUUUGGUGCGCCAUGCCAACCGAGUUUUAUGAUGAAUAUCUGCGUGCGCCAUCCCGCAAGAAGAACUUACUCUACAUUAUGAACCCACGCAAGUUCCAGGCCUGUCAAUAUCUCAUCAACUACCACGAAGCCCGCGGAGAUAAGAUUAUUGUCUUUUCUGAUAAUGUCUAUGCCCUCAAGGCUUACGCAUUAAAACUAGGCAAAGCCUUCAUCUACGGCGGUACGGGUCAGGCUGAGCGACUGAAAGUGCUGGAAAACUUUCAGCACAAUCCGCUUGUGAACACACUUUUCUUGUCGAAGAUUGGUGAUACCUCCCUGGACUUGCCCGAGGCUACUUGCCUUAUCCAGAUAUCAUCGCACUACGGUUCCCGACGCCAAGAAGCACAGCGCCUGGGACGAAUUUUGCGAGCCAAGAGACGUAACGACGAAGGCUUCAAUGCGUUCUUCUAUUCUCUGGUGUCUAAAGAUACGCAAGAAAUGUACUUCUCGUCGAAGAGACAGGCCUUCCUCGUCGACCAAGGCUAUGCGUUCAAGGUCAUUACGCAGCUAGCCAACAUUGAGCAGACGCCCGGGCUUGCGUUUGCGACUGCAGCAGAGCGUCGAGAGCUGUUGCAAAAGGUGUUGGUGGAGAACGAGGGCAUGGAGGAUGAAGACAUCACGGAUGAUUUGUUCCACAGCGGCAGCAUGGGACGCGCCAAGAAGAGAGUUCGGCGAACGGCGGGCACGCUGGGCGAGCUCAGCGGCGGCCAGGACAUGGCAUACAUUGAACAGAACAAGAAGUUCAACGGUGGUCUUAAAAAGAAGGGCAAGAAGGAGAGCAAUGCCUUUUUUAAGAAGAUUGGUAGAGAGAAUGCUCGCCGCGCGGCGGGUGAGUGA